AUGACCCUCCAUCCCUUUGUGCGAGUCAGCAAUAGCACUCUGCCCUCAUCGGAAAGUGUUGCGUCAGCAAUCAGUCAGGUAUCCAAGAAACUUGAAUCAUCCAAAUGGAGGAACAGCGCUCGCCUUGAUCCAGGAACCAACUUUGGAGCACUGGAACAAUUGAAACAUCUCCUCCCCAAGGCACUCGAUUCGGCAAAAGCGACAGUGGAUGACCUGGAGGAAUUCCAAAACUCCGAAGACUAUAUACCGAUGGAACUUGGCUCACAUCUCGACGGAUGCAAAGAUUUGCUCAAAGAGAUCCUGGGACAGAUUGACUCCUUUCAUGCUGAAGCAGACCGAGGCGGGUACAGAUCGAUUCCGACUUACGCCGAGUAUGUAGGAUUUGGUGAUAUGAUUGCCCAAUUAUCGACCGUUCCUGUGGGCACCAGAGCCCUCAUUCCAGUAUAUAAGGCAAGGGGUUCUCUGUGUGGUGCGUGGGUAGAUAGCAUGGAGCAAGCCACCGAGGAGAGGUAUUUGCCGGCGACCCUUUCAGAUUACAAUUUCCAUCAUACUUUUCGAGGUCGACGAUCACUUCCGACCAUCGACUGUCCCCUCAACGCCUCUAAUCUGAUCAAACCUCGCUUUUCGGGCGAUGCUAGUAGGCGGACUUCUAGAAGUAGAGAGCACCGUUUGCCCGUGCUUUGGCUACCGCUUAAUCUGUCAAACCGAAUCGGAGCAAAGCGGGCGCAAUGGCCAGACGUUUGUGUCAGCUGCUACUGCGGAAGUGCUAUCUCGGCUCGUUAUCUCGCUUCGCUACAAGAUGCCAAAUACGGAGUACAUAGUACGUGGUGGGAAACUACCAAAUCGUCAUCGACGGCCCGCAACAUGUGGCGGGUGGGCGACCGUGGCCGCCUUGCCCCUCUCUUCCCGCAGCCCGUUCUUCCAGGAUCACAUGCGUCUAAAAUCUACCGCAUUCGAUGCAGUGGAACGAAACCGUGCCCUCUUCCCUCUUCUCCGCGCCCCGGGCGUACAGACAGCAGCCAGGAAAUGGCCAAUCCACUCGAUCUGCGUGGCAGCAGCGUCAAGGGCUCGAACAUGGAUCAUGCUGACGCCUGA